GGGGGGCAAGGCGCGCGCGCCGGCGGCCGGGUGGCCCUGGGGCAGCCCCCGAACACCCCCUGAAUUUCCCGCAGGGAGAAGCCGGAGGGCAGGGCCGCGGACCCCUCCGCCCUCACAGCGGGAGGGUGUGUCAGGCCAGCCCCCCCCACUCCUAGUGCCGGCGGUGGAGGGGGUGUUGCAAGAAGCGGCGGCGGCGGCGGCGGAGGAGGAAGUGGCCACGGAGGCGACGGCUGCGAAUAGCGGGCUCCCAGCGGCGGCCUGGAGGAGGAGGGUGCUUGUGGCCCCGAGGCCCGGGUCCUGUGCGGUGAGCGGAGGUCGCGGCCGUGUGCAUCACCCCCCGCCGAGCACGAAGAUGCAGACCUUUCUGAAGGGAAAGAGAGUUGGCUACUGGCUGAGCGAGAAGAAGAUCAAGAAGCUCAAUUUCCAGGCCUUCGCCGACCUGUGCAGGAAAAGGGGCAUAGAAGUUGUGCAGCUCAACCUUAGCAGACCAAUUGAAGAGCAGGGCCCACUGGAUGUGAUCAUACACAAACUAACUGAUGUCAUCCUGGAAGCUGAUCAGAAUGAUAGCCAGUCCUUGGAGUUGGUUCACAGAUUCCAGGAAUACAUUGAUGCUCACCCUGAGACCAUCAUCCUGGAUCCCCUCCCUGCCAUUAGGACCCUUCUGGAUCGAUCCAAAUCUUAUGAACUUAUUCGAAAAAUUGAAGCCCACAUGAAAGAUGAACGGAUCUGUUCCCCACCCUUCAUGGAGCUCACAAGCUUGUGUGGAGAAGACACCAUGCAGCUUCUGGAGAAGAAUGGACUGGCCUUCCCAUUCAUUUGCAAAACAAGAGUGGCCCAUGGCACCAACUCUCAUGAGAUGGCCAUCAUCUUCAACCAGGAAGGCCUCAGUGCCAUCAAGCCCCCUUGUGUGAUUCAGAACUUCAUCAAUCACAACGCUGUCCUGUACAAGGUGUUUGUGGUGGGCGAGUCAUACACCGUGGUACAGAGACCAUCUCUGAAGAACUUUUCUGCAGGAAUGUCAGACAGAGAAUCAAUAUUCUUCAACAGCCACAACGUGUCAAAACCAGAGUCAUCUUCCGUCCUGACGGCACUGGACAAAAUAGAAGGUGUGUUUGAGAAGCCCUCGGACGAGGUCAUCAGGGAGAUUUCCAAAGCCCUUCGGCAAGCACUUGGUGUAUCGCUGUUUGGAAUUGACAUCAUUAUCAACAACCAGACAGGACAGCAUGCAGUCAUUGAUGUCAACGCAUUCCCAGGCUAUGAGGGUGUGACUGAAUUUUUCACUGACCUCUUGAACCACAUAGCCAGCGUCCUGCAAGGCCAGAAUCUGGAGAUGACCCCACUGAACCACAACAAGCUCCUGGCUGACCCGUCUGGUGGCCUAGCGGGUGAGCGGACACGGGGCACCAGCACAGGGUGUUGCGGCAGCGUGGUGGGCAAAGACUCACCCUGGAUCGUGGAGAGUGAGACCAACAGCUCGGUGAAGCUGCAGCACCAGAGACUAGGGUGCAACACUGCUGUGUCCCCCAGCUUCCAACAGCACUGUGUGGCUACACUGGCCACCAAAGCUUCCUCUCAAUAGCUGGUGGAACCAUGGACCAGGGCACACAGAGGGCCCACCUAGGAUCACGCUAAUGAGGCAGGCCGCUUAGAAGAGUUCCACCUACUACUACAAAUUUCCAUUGAUUAUUUUUUUAACCUGAUUUCCUGAUGCAGUGAUUUAAAAGGAGGGGAAAAAAACCACAGUGAUCAGAGCAGGAGAAAAUGGAAUGUUUCACCUACUUCCAUUUACAAAUCUUUUAACAAGUUUACACACACUUGUGUUUUCAACACUAGACCUUAAUGUGUGGGAUGUUUGGUUUUUGUUUUUGGUGAUUUAUUUUGUGGUUUCUCAUGGUGUGUGUGUGUGUGUGUGUGUGUGUGUGUGUGUAAGUAUGUACAUACAUGCGGUUAUUCCCCCUUUAUAAACUGUAAUUGACCACCAUGGGCCAACCUGUGUGACCUUUAACAAAUUAUUUCACCUGUCUAGGCUUUAGAUUCCUCAUCUAUAAAUUGAGUGGGUGGGGCUCUAUCUCUAAGGUCCUUCCAGUCCAUGUGAUUCUAUGUCUUAAGUCCAGACCUCCUGGAAUCAGAGAGGCCAAGGUUGAAAUUGUGUGUGAAUGUCAUAAUUUAAAGAGCGGUUCGAGUUAUUAUAGAUAAUUUCAUCUUCUCUUUUGAUUACCCACCUGCACCGUUAGUUAUGGCCCCCUUUGGGCCCAGUCCCCCUUGUUCCCCACUACACAAUCCCAGUAGGAAAGUGACCUGUGCAGUGUGUCCCAAAGCCACAUCUACUGAGCAGGAGGAGAUGCCUGGGCUGCAUUCACCCUCUCUACUCUGCCCCAACUCAGAGGGAGAUGACCCAAAAUGACCUUAAGAGGUUAUAAGGUGUGUGGGUUUCUGUAGGAGGGGCUCCUCUGAGUAGACCCUUUCAGGAAAGGAAUGGGAAAGCAUAAGAAAUCUUCCCAAUUCUAGAAUAGCUUCUAGGACAUUUGACUCUAGUGCCAAUUGAAAGUCUUUCUGACUUCCAUCAGAGAUGUCCUCUGCACACCUGGCCAGGUCCGUCACUCUACAGUUUUAUAGCUGGCUGGAGAAAUGAGAGGACCCAGAUUCUAGUCCCAGUUCUUCCACUAACUUUCUGUGUGAUCUUUUGAAAGUCACCUUCCUCUUCUGGGCUUUUUAAUUUCCUUCUCUUUGGACAAGGAUGAUUCUUUUAAGAGUCAAUCUAGCCAUAAAAUAUUAUGAUUGAUCAUUCCUAGAUCUUAAAUAAGUGAGGGGAGCUGGGAGAACUCCUGAGCUUAGCGUAAUUGAGGGACAUAACUGUUUUCUUUUCGGGUUUUUUUCCCACUGACUCUGCAAACAAGGCUAUAUACUGUUGGUCAGUUUCAUCAGUCGCGACGGUGUGCAUCAUAAACCAAAAUGCAGCCUGGUUAACACUAACCAUUGAAAGAUUUUUGGCAGAGUCCAUAAACGACCUGGUAGCCUACACCACCUGCCAUUUCUUAACUUCCAACUGUUCUUGCAAAUCCUGAACACUAAGUUCACAGUCAGAAGUUUGAUUGGCAAAAGGAGUUGUUUUUUGUCCCCUUCUGCCCUCAAUACAAGGUCUAGGAACAGUCCAAAAAAACACUUUCAUUUUGUCGAGCAGCCAAACUAACGCCACGCUGUACAUGGCUGUUUCCCAGUCCAAACUGUACUGCAGACGAGCAAAAUGCUUCAAUUUUCUCCUGUGCUCUUUUCCUGUCCCCCUCCCUGACCUCUGCGACCUUGGAACUUUGUCUAGACCAAGGAGACAGAACAGAGGGUUGGAGUGCUGGUGGGAGGCGAGGGACACAAGGAAGAACAAGGACACACUUUCUCAGUCUAUAGUUUAUACAAAGUAAGGACCUUGAGUUUUGUGGACCAUUGAGAUCUGCUGUGGGCUGGUGGGGGGCGGGGCACACUGUUCUGAACCAUUGUUUGGCCGUGCUUUCCCUGCCCCCAGGCUCUAGUGGGAAGGGGGAAAAAAAUCUCGUUUUUCCAAAACAUUCUCAAAGAUUUGUAGUGAUCUGUGGUGAUAUAUAAAUGUUCUCCCCAUAUGACUUUUUAAUGAUUUUCUUUGUCAAAUCUAUUUUUUGAGUCAAAUAGUAAGAUAUAAAUGCUUUUUAGGAGAGAAAAAUAUUUGGACCUUCUUCUGAUUCAUGUACAGUGAGGACAUUCUGCAUGAAAUUCUACCAUUGUACACUCUGUAUGGUACUGGGUUAAGGGAAGGAGGGGCAAAUGAAAUAAUGCGUAAAGCGCUUUGUAAACCUUUAUGCGCUAGGUAAAUGCUAGCUAAUGUUUUGAUAUUUCUUUUUUGCCCCCCCUGCCCCCGUUGGAAAAAAUCUACAUGAGAAUGAUCAUUUCAGUUGGUGGGGAAGGGGACAGGGGUGGGGCCGAAGGGAGGGGGGAAGGGGGAGAGGAUGGACCUAAUUGAAACUGUCAGGCUUUCUAGGAACUUGAGAGCUUUCCAGCUAACCAUGUUUACAUGACUUGUGAGCGUUAGAUCCAGUUUUAAUGUCUGUAUGCUGUUUCUUAGCUCUACCUUUGAAUCAGAGUGGAUUAAUCUGGCUUGCCUUAGAAAGUUUGGUUAGCCGAUUUUGCACUGCCUUGUUUCUCCAAAAUAAACUACUGAAAUGUAAUUGUAUUUUA